UGUGCCAGUUCGCCCGAAGAGUCGCGUGGUGGUGCAAGGUUUUCACGAAGCUGACACGGGAGCGGAUAAGGCUGCACCGGUGGCGUCUAUGGAAUCUGUCCAUCUAGUGGUUUCCCACGCUGCUGGUUUUGGCCAAGCUCUCAGGCAGGCCGACAUGAAGACGGCUUUUCUCAACUCCAGGAUGUCCAAGAAAGACAAACCUAUCUACGUAAUACCUCCGAAGGGGUUCACGUGCUCGCAGGAGCAAACAAAGCUGGUCUGGCGACUUAAGGCGUGGCUGUACGGCCUACGCCUCUCUCCGAAAAGCUGGAAUGGGACGUUUCACCUGUUCCUGCUGGAGAUUGGGUUCGUCCCGAGCACCGCCGAUCCGUGUCUGUACACGUUGAACGGGGGAGAGGUCAUCCUGCUCGUCUACGUGGACGACAUCCUACUUACCGGAGCCAAGGAGGAGCUCGUGACGACCAUUAUCGAACAGAUGAAGGAGCGCUUUGAGACGGUGGACCUGGGAGAAGCAAAGUUUAUCCUGGGAAUGGCCAUCCAGCGCAACCUCGAAGCGGGCACCAUCCUACUGACGCAAGAAGCUUACACCAAGGCCGUGCUUGCUAAAUUCGGCAUGGCUGACGUGCGCGCGACGGCAACGCCGGCCGAGAAGGAGCCGGUUACGACCAAGGAAGAAAAUGCUCUGUCGCCGGAGCAAACUACCAUGUUCCGGUCGGCUACGGGUUCGGUCCUAUACAUCAGCAGGGGAUCGAGGCCAGACAUCUCUCACUCGGUGCUGGUACUCACGAAGAGCAUGGCUAAACCAGGACCGAAGGCGCUUGCCAAACUGAAACGACUCAUGCGCUACCUGAAGGGGACGACCUCUUUGGGCAUCACCUACCGCAAGGACGCGCAAGGCGGAGAUAAACUAACCGCUUACGUCGACUCUGACUUCGCAGGCGAUCUUGACGAUCGAAUAUCGACUACUGGGGUCGUUCUUACCCUCGCAGGUGGCCCGGUGGACACGACAAGUGAAAAGCAGACGGUCACUGCCACGUCGUCGGCUGAGGCAGAAUACGUCGCAAUGUCCAAGGCGUGCAAAAUGAUCCUACACUGGCGUCAUCUUCUCAAGACCAUCAAUCGAGAGCAGACGGAGGCUACGGUGUUGUUUGAGGAUAGCACUGCUGCCAUAUCGGCUAGUGAAUCCAACAAAGUAACGCAGAAAACGAAGCACAUCGAUGUCAAAUAUCACCACGUAAGGUCGCUGAUCGUUAACAAGGUAGUGGAGGUAAAGAAAAUCGACACCAACCUCCAGAAGGCUGACAUGUUGACCAAGAACCUAGGAACGGUUAAGUUUCUCAACAACCGUCGCCAGCUUCUAGGAAUGUAGUCACCUCCCCUCUUCGUAAUCUUAAGGGUUGAAUGUUGAAGGAAACUCGGGAGAUCUGUGUAAGAGGAAUGUUUUCGCUGCUUGUUGAAAUGGCAGGUAAUGACUAUUUAAUUUUGAGUUGAGAUCGCAAGUACUCGUGAGUUGUUUUCGAGAGGACAUUAUUUUGAGAGGACAUCGAGAGAAGAUUCGAGUCCCAUGUAUCAGAAUGACGUACGUUCUUGAGAGGACAUGUUGGGGUGUUUGCUGUGCAAGACCGACUCUAUUCUGCUGUAUGUGUUUGAUACGGUAUUGUGAAGGCGUUCUGUUUUACUGUAACCGUCAGGUGCAGACAGUCCACGCGUCUGUGUGUGGAUAAUAAAUCACUCUUUUUGUUUUCUCUACCUAGCCUCUACCACGUACGCCAACCAGCGUACUACAGCUGUGGUACCGCCCAACAC